AUGAAGCGGUUUGUGUUGAUUUUUAUGUGGCUCGCUGAGGAUUUUCAAUUAGUACUUAAUGUUGGAUUAAAGGAGACGCCGACUCUUGGUUCUAAAAAUCCUCCCAGACUUCUGACGAAAGAUAUAAUCAGUGGUGACUUUGUAUAUGACGUCUCUCAGAAUCACAGUGUCUUCUUCUAUCAUGAGGACUCUGAUGAGAUGUAUGUUGGAGGGACUGAUUUUGUUCUCAAACUUGAUGUUACAAACAAUCAUACCAUAGAGAAAUUUAAUCUGCAUACCACCAGACAACAGCAGUGCCAAGAGGGUCCCUGCCAAAAUGUCAUCACUGUCAUCGAGAAGUUUCAAGACAGUCUGUUUGUCUGUGGGACAAAUGGACACAAACCACAGUGCUGGAAACUUUUUUCUUCAGUGAACAAUCAGUCUAAUCAAAUUGUUGAGAGCUAUGAGGGGACGGGCAUCUCUCCAUUCAUUUACACACAGAACUCACUCUCUCUAACAGUAGAGGAGGACCUAUACGCAGCAGCACCAUUGUAUAGUGAUGGGAGUUCAUUACAAUUCAGAAGGAAGGCUGGAAGUAGAACUAAUGUCUGGAUGGAUGACAAUUGGGUCUCAGAGCCCACAUUCAUCUCUGCAUCCUGGGUGAGGCGGAAGGACGAUGCCGACAAUGAGAAAAUUUACAUCUUUUUCCGUGAAAAGAAUUCAGCCCACAACCCAGAGGCUGACCCUUGGAUUUCCAGAGUGGCCAGAGUUUGUAAAAUUGAUGAAGGUGGUUCAAAGAGAUUCUUCCAGAAUAUAUGGACAUCUUUUCUGAAGGCCCGUCUUGUCUGUGGAUUUCCAGAGGAGUCGCUGUAUUUCAACCGCCUCCAAGAUAUUUAUGUGAUGCACGCCGACGACUGGCAUGACACAAGAGUCUAUGCACUCUUCACAAGUAGCUGGAACUCAACAGCAGUUUGCAUCUAUACUGUAGAAAUGAUUGAAGAUAUAUUUGAGAAUUCAACCUUCAAAGGCUACAAUGACGAAAUUCCCAAGCCAAGACCAGGAACGUGUGUAAAAAAUAGCAAGACUCUACCACUGGCCACGGUCAAUAUGGUGAAGGAUCAUCCAGAAAUGAAUGACUGGGUCCAUUCGGUGCACUAUAAAGCUCCAUUUUAUGUUAGCAGCUACAACUACACAAAGAUAGCUGUGGACAGAGUCCAGGCCGCAGACCAGCACUUGUAUAACAUUCUGCUUUUAGCCACUGAUUCUGGGAAGAUCCAUAAAGUCUUAGAGGCUGGCUCUGAACCUUUCAUCAUCUCUGAAACACAACUCUCCAGUCAGUCAACCGUACAAUCAAUGAAACUUGACUCCAAAAAGAAAAAAUUAGUUGUAGGCUUUUCAGAGAAAGUCUCAAUCGUGGACCUCCAGAGCUGUCAAGAGUACAACAAAUCCUGUGCAGAUUGUGUUCUGGCUCGUGACCCAUACUGUGCCUGGACUAAUCAAGGAUGCACCCCGACUGUCAUUGGCAGCAUUCAAAAUAUUGUUGACGGGCAAAAAAGUGUAUGCCCUACAUCAGUAGGAGACCACAAGCAAGGAAACCGGACCAAACGAAACACUGUUUCACCAUCAAGAGUGGAUUUGACAACUGUUCACUCUGUCUCCCUGGGUGUCCCUUUUUAUCUGUCAUGUCCUAUAGAUUCUUACCACGCUGUCUACACCUGGGAGCAUGGAAGCCAGAGCAGCCCUUGUCUACAAAUGCAGUCUAAUUGCCUACUCCUCAUCCCUGCCAUGGAACAUGGGAACUAUGGCAGCUAUGAGUGUGUUUCCCAAGAAAAAGACUACACUAAAGUAGUAAAAAGAUAUAAUCUUGAAAAGCAAGUAAUUAUAGAAACAAAAAGAAACUUUGUUGAGAAUGUCCCUGACGAAAAGAAUAAUGUAUCAGCUGUUACUCUGCACACAGUAUGGAUAACACUUGGACUGUCUGUAGCAGUGUUGGAGUUUUUCAGAUAG